GCCGCUCACGGCCAGUGUCAGAGCGAAAGUCACUUUAGGUUAGAGCUGCGGUAACGCGCCUGUGCUGCCGUCCCCUGCAUCUCACAAAUAUGAAGAAUCUACAUUUGAAGGAUUUCUUCUGGAACUCUGACCUGACCUGCACUGGUGGCUAUGAUGCCAUCAUCCAGUAUCUCAACGAUGGAAAGAGGACAUGCAAGGAGUUGGAGGAUUUCAUGAAAGCUAGGGCCUCAAUUGAAGAGAAGUAUGCCAAAGAUCUCCUCGGUUUGUCCAAGAAGGUGUGUGGACACAAUGAGAUGAACACAUUAAAAAGAUCCCUGGAUGUGUUCAAAUUACAAACCGAACAUGUGAGUCUCUCACACUUACAGCUGGCACAGAGCAUGAAGGAUGAGGCCAAGAAACUGGAAGAAUUCAGAGAGAAGCAGAAGGAAGUGAGGAAAAAGAUAGAACAACAGAUGGAUGCUCUCCACAAACAGAAGUCUUCACAGUUCAAGAGGACUAUGGAUUCAAAGAAGACGUAUGAGCAGAAGUGCCGAGAUAAAGAAGAAGCAGAUCAGAAUGUGAACCGAAACACAAACACCAACAACACCAAGCACAUUGAGAAGCUCUACUCAAAAGCACAGCAAGCAAAACAGAAUGCAGAAGAAGCAGACAGGUUAUACUAUCAGAGUGUGACCACACUGGGAAAGAUUAGAGAUGAAUGGAUGAAGGAGCAUGUCAAGGCCUGUGAGAUCUUUGAAAAACAGUCAGUGGAGCGAAUCAGCUUUCUGAGAAAUACAGUCUGGACUCACCUAAACCAACUUUCCCAGCAGUGUGUGACCUGUGAUGAGCUGUACGAGGAAGUGAGAAAGUCACUGGAACAGUGUGACGUCCAGGAAGAUAUUGAACACUUUGUAAACCUAAGGCAGACAGGAGAUAAACCACCAGCUCCGGUUGUGUAUGAGAACUUUUACAGUGGUCAGAGGUCUCCCACUGGACCUCCACCCCCUCGGCAGCCUCCACCAAUCAUCAGGAGGGGACCGUUACCUGAUCCAGCAAACAAAGAAGAAACAGUCUACUCAACAGUGCAGGACCCCGGUUACAGUGUUAUCCAGUACUAACACACAGAUCGUCUGGAGCAGCUACUGCAUGUCCUGUGCUGUGCUGGAGCUUUGUAACCUACUUCUUCCUUUGUGUUUUCCUGUGUGAGAUACUUAUCAGGUGGAAAGUAGGUGUCAUAACUGUUAAGAUAGUUAAGAUAUGGUUGUGUGACAUUUUGAACAUGUAUCACUGUGUUAUAAACAGUACAGAGGACAUCCUUAUUUUAAUGGGGGUUUUUACUCAGUAGCUUGAUUAAAUUGAAAUUCUGUGCUACGAUACAAAAGUGACGUGAAUUCUGUAUAAACUUUAAACACUUUCUCUGUCCCGAUAUAGAGCCUAUUUAUUACAACAAGGCUCUAUAUACUGCAAAACUGCAUCUAAAUUUAUCUUAAGUCCUUUGUGGUUCUCAACUGUAGAGAGAAAGAGAUUCACAAAACAAGAAAUGAGUCAUCUGCUUACCUGUUUUCGUUUCCUCUUACAUGUGAGAGUUGUCAGCGAUCUUGUGGGUGUCCAGUAUACAGAUUACCAGAAACCCAGUUUUUCUUCAUAUUCCAGGUAAUUUCCUGUACUUGGUCACUUCACUUGCAUCCUGACAUUUUGAAAGUCUUGUAGUUAAGUUCAUGUGCUGAACAAUAGAUAAGAUAAUUUCCAUUGUAAGAAGUUCUACAUUGACAUUCAAGUAAUUAAAAUGCAUACGUGUGAUGAGGAAGCACAAUAUUUUCUAGAUACUGAUUGAUGAAUGUUGGAAUUUUUUCACUAUGAUUUUGGUUAUUUUAUGUUAGUAACACCUAAUUUGUAGGAGAUGAGACAAACUGUGACUGAGUUUGAAACUGCAGGAGGAAAGGGGGAUUAAAUGGUCACUGUGCAGUGGACCCGGUGAUCUGUGGUUAACGUGUGGCAGCAGUUACUCUGUUUGCAGUUUAUCUUCUUAUUUCCAUGAUCCUUCCUAGCAGGUCAAGUGGUGAUACAGCAGGGCAUUUUCAUACCUGAUUUGACUUCAUCUGGUAUGUAAUUUUGACUAUCAACGUGAAUAGUUAAAUUUAAAAUUAGCAUAGCUUUAUUUCCACCAUAUUUGGCAACAUCAUUAUCUCAUUAUUGAUUAUUACCUUCAAAAUUCAGGAUGUCCUUUUGCAUUUUAUAUUAUACAGUCCUCCUCAAUGUGAGUAAAGAGAUCCUGGUAAGUGUCAGUUCAUCCUUAGGACGCCUGCAUCUGUCCAGUGGGUGCUGUUUGUCUGCAGGCGUUAGUCCUGAAUAGGAGAACUGAAAUGGGAAGCACUUUGUCAGCAGGACUCCCUGGCGAGGAGCCUGUUGAUAACGUGUGAAAGGGUCCUGGUUUGUAGGUUCUUCCGUGGCAAAUGGCUCGUUUGAUGGUCCAAUUAUCACACAGAGUGUUCUGAUUUGAU